CUUAGGAGCCAUGCAGCUCUGUGUUGCACGUGGCCUAAAAUCAUUGCUGAGAUAAGAUUGUACUAUCYAAGACCAUGAUGAAUUCUUUAAAGUUGCAAUAAAGCCCUGCUGCAGCCUUGCCCAGGACAGUGUUAUUCCAAAGCACUGUUAGCAGGAGAGGUGAUUGGUGUGUCUUUAACUGAAUGGUGCCAAUGGGAAUGGUAUGUUAGGCAGGGCAGCUGCGAGCUCRGCCUGAAACACGACCACCCUUGAAACCCUAUCUCUACCCCACUGACCCAUGCGGGCUGAUUUCACACUGUGUUGGGAGACCACGGGGGUUGUGUCCAUGCCUGAAAUGUAACUGCAUCCUGGCGGUGGGGCCGAUCCUGCCUGUGUGACUGAUAACUUUUACUUGAAGUAGGGGAGAAACUGCAUUUAUGCUGUUUUGUGUAGCUGACCAGAGAGGACUGACCUGGAAAGCUCCCUGUCUCCUGGGUUACCUGAGUGGGAUGUGUUUGCUGUCCUCUUUGGGUUAAAUGAAGGUCUGGGGUGGGUUCCAAAUAGCUAUUGAAAAAAUAAAAAUGUGAGAUGAUGUUUCUCAAGGGUGCUUCCCAACAGAGACGGUAAUCCCUCAACAAGGAUUUCCCCACAAAACAUGCUUCCAAGUGUUCCACACUCACAAAGCUUUUGGCAGGAYAGUCUUGUCUUUGUGAUAGAUGAACCUGAGUGCCAGAGGCUUGUUUGCUCUAGUUUUAUCCCUUGCAUUCACAGUUGUCUGGCUGUGCAGAACUUUACCUCGUGAUCUUUGAUCUAAAAUACCCCAGCAGAGAGAGCUGCCUGGAGUAAGAGGAGUAAUGCACCCUGUAAUGCGCCAGGAAAGCAUUAAUUGAGAGCCAGCCUCUCUUCUUUUACUAAGUCCCUGCCACAGUGUGAAAAGGGGUGACCUUUUUCCUUUUUUGUGCUGGGUGAAAGUCACUCUCUCGCAGGAGUGCAGUGCAGUGGAGAGCCCAAAAUGUGACUGGAGCUCGCCGUGAUAAGCUGCUUGUUUUCCCUUUUCCUUUCUCCUCCUCGCACUGUGCGGCGCUUAUCGGGACGCCUGAGUUAUGUUAAGUAGCGGGUGCAUGCUUGCUCUCUGUUCUCCUCGCUGCUUUUGCUCCUUGGAUUUCAAUUCCAAACAUGGUUAUCCAUUUGGGGUCUCUCUCCUUUCCGCUGCCAAGAGAUCCACAUUCCACACUCAACACCAGCUCCCUCUGCUGCUCUCUCACGGUUGCUAUUCCAUUUGCCGGAGUGCAGGCGAGACAGGCAGUGCAAGGAAAUCUCUCUCCUGUCUGUGACUUUUCCAGCUAAUGGCCUCUACUCUUUUUUUGACUGAGCUCUUUUGGCCUCGCAUUUGCCAGCUUCUUUUCUCACUGUUGUGGCUAAGAAGAGGGCCAGCCGACGGUUUGUGAGGACACAAAGAGGACAAGUGAGCCCUUUUGGAAUUUUUUGGGUGCAAAAACAUUUGGCAGCACUUUUUUUUAACAUGUCGCUCUGAAGCACUGCCGCGGGACCAGACGGUGCUCAAGAGGAGGAGGAGGAGGAGGAGGAACGGCUACCCAGCAGCUCUCAUUUCAAACCUUUGCAGCACCCUUUGUGUAUGACAAUCCACUCUGAGCGCAGGACGGCUGGGGAGGGUGGGGAGUGGGGCAGGAUGAGCUCAAACAGCCCCUCUUGGGACCAGGCUGUUCUCCGGCCUCCGGUGUGUGAUGCCUGGAAGGAGAUUAUGGAGGAAGCAGCCUAUCAGCUGGCCAGCUGCAUCGUCCUCCUGGGUUACAUGGGGGGAAGUGGCAUCUUUGGGUCCCUCUAUAUCUAUGGCCUCCUGGCCCCAGGCUACUUCUGCUAUGCUCUGUGGGGCUGGCUGAGCGCUUGUGGGCUGGAUAUCUUCAUCUGGAACAUUCUGCUGGUCCUCGCCUGCUUGCUUCAGCUGGCUCACCUGGCUUACCGGCUCCGCAGAAACACCAUCCCAGAAGAGUUUGACCUCCUCUACAAGACCAUGUACCUGCCCUUGCAGGUGCCCCUGGAAGUGUACAAAGAAAUUGUGAAGUGCUGUGAAGAGCAGGUGCAGUCGCUAGUCAGAGACCAGAAUUACGCUGUGGAGGGCAAGACGCCCAUUGACCGCCUCUCGUUGCUGCUGUCUGGCAGGAUCCGAGUGUGCCAGGAUGGACAAUUCCUUCACUACGUCUUUCCAUACCAAUUCCUGGACUCUCCUGAAUGGGAGUCGCUGCGACCCUCUGAGGAAGGAACUUUCCAGGUCACGCUGACAGCCGAGACCGACUGCAGCUACAUCACCUGGCCCAGGAAGAAGCUGUACCUGCUGCUGAGGAAGGACCGCUACAUCGCCCGSCUCUUCUCCUCCCACCUGGGCUACGACAUCUCCGAGAAGCUCUACUCCCUCAACGAGAAGCUCUUCGCCAAAUUUGGCCUUCGCUUCGACAUCCGCUUGCCCAGCCUCUACCACGUCCUCGGGCCAGCCUCCUCGGAGGGGGAAUCAGAGGACUGUGAGGAGCUGCUCCCUGUCUCUGGCCAGGCUGGCAUCUCUGAGCCACCGUCACAGCCGCCACCAGCACCGCCACUGCCAGCUCCGCGUCCCCGCGCCUCCCGGCCCGACAGUGACCUGCUGGCCUCUGAAAACCAUCUCCAGAGUUCUCGCCCUCUCUGCAAAGGACGAGCCCCUCUGGCUCCCACUCAGACCCCCGAACUCUAGGGAACAACAGGAUCCCAAAGCCCCUCCAAGGGAGCAGAAGCUCACGCAGGUUUUUGACCAGAGAGACACUCUUUAGCAUGCAGAGACGUCUGCCAGCAGACAUCUACACUCAGGAGCACAUGAAGCACAUGCUUAAGACUGCAGUGUGACACUCCAGCACCUCCCACCCCGUGUUUUUCACCAGAGCUGCCUUCCCCAGAGUGCUUCCACGGUUUGUUUUCUAGUCCUGCCUCUCUGAGGUGUGUUGGCAUCUCUGUCACCAAAGUGCACCAAUGUCACUGUGAGCAAUACCAGCCUGCUCRCAGAAUCUCUGUUCCCUUUGAUUCAAUGAUUCCCAUUAAAGUCAGAGAUGAAACUACUGGUGUUUGAGGAUUUAAAGAGGGAGAUAACAGCGGGAGG